AUGUCCAACUUGAAGUAUUAUUCUUACAAUGGCGUCGGUAAAAAGAAUGUAGAGAAAUAUUCUUACAACCAGGCCGUCCGUGUCGGCGAUCGAAUUGAAAUCUCUGGUCAAGGAGGAUGGCACCCUACCACCGGCGAGAUCAAAAGCGAUAUCAAUGCGCAAAUCGACCAGGCUUUCGCCAAUGUUGAACUAACCUUGAAGGAUGCUGGCGGCAAAGGAUGGUCGCAAGUUUAUCGUGUCAACUCUUACCAUCUUCCUCUCAACGACGAGGCACUGGAGGCCAUGGUACGCAAUUUCAAGACUUAUAUGCCUGACCAUCAACCCAUCUGGACUUGUAUUGGAGUUCAACGAUUAGGCGAGGAUCCCAUGCGUGUGGAAAUUGAGGUGGUCGCGCACGAUCCCGAAGGAGCACAAGCAGCAUCCAGCAAAUGA